UAAACCAGUCAGCUGUGUCGUGUGUAUCACUAUCAGGGACAAAACCAACCGGGAUAUGUAUUUUUCUUCAUUUAAUCAUUUCACGGCAAACCGAUUUUCAAGGAUAUGCAUAAAAUUGCAUGAUUCUGGAUAAUGGAAUCCCAUAUUCUCUACAUAGGCCUUUUCUGCAUCAAACAGUGUUCUAUAAAAAAUUACGGGCAGACGACAGCUCAGAGAAUGUCUCGAUAGCCAUAUCUUGAAUGGAUCGUGUUGCGUCUUUGCAGGUGUGUUUAUCCCACGAGAUAAAGGAACUCAUAUCUCCAGACAAUCUCAUAACUAUCCAGACUAUACAUUUCUCCCAAGGAGGGAACCAGCAGAACAAUUCAUAAAGAGCAGUAUUUAAUAGGUACAAUGUGUACAGCACUUAAUAAUUCAUUUGGGAGUACCUGUUAUCACGUUUGCAUCGAGUUUAUUCGUUCUCACAUGUCUGAGGCACAAUGAUUUGACACGUUGUCAUGGGUAAGACACGAUAACGAUUGCGACGACGACGACGACGAAACGACAACGAAGGAAACUGGUUGCCGGGAGCAGUAUUUUGCGUAAAAUGAUCAAUGUAACCGACAUUCCUGUGGUGGAGUGCCUGCAUGGAGCGAGGUAUCUGCACUUUGGAACCACUGAAACGAUUCUUUUCCAGAAAUGGUCGACUUCAAACAUCGGAGGUCUCCUUGGAUCCUGUCUGGUGGUCAUGGUCCUCGCCGUCCUGGUCGAAGGCCUGGUCGUCCUCCGGAAGUACUUAUCAAAGAAAUACGCUACUAACAUUCGCCACCGUAUGUUAGAGAUGGAAGCAAACGAAUCGUCAAGGCUGGUGGAGGAGCAAGCCGAAGGACAAAUUCGUUUCUUUUCUUGGAGCCAUCUCAUUCUGACCGCCCUCUACGGCCUUCAGACUCUAGCCUUUUACCUUCUUAUGCUGAUAGCAAUGACAUUCAACGUGUAUCUUCUAAUGUCGAUCGUUAUUGGAGCGAGUAUCGGUUAUUUCAUGUUCGCCUGGCUAUGCUCAGUGAAAGUGAACACGGCUACGGUUAAAAGGUGAUUUUUCAAAACAAAAAUUGAGGAAUUUACUUUUAGUGAGUGAAGAUGCUAACCCGCGGAUUGUGUGGGCUGGUCUGGAGCAACUCUUGACGUUUGGUUUUGAGAGUGAAAAUACUGCAGAAGAUGAUCCAGAGGACUCGACUAUAUCGACAUCAAAUUGCAUAUUUUCACCAAUUCCGGUUCCAGUUUUAUGUAGCUCAGUCAGAUUUGCUUUGUUUGUCAAAGGAAAUGUCCUACUUAUGAUAAGUGUAGUGUAUAGGUGCUAUCAUGAGCAAGUGUAUAUAAUAAUCAUCAUUAAUUGUCUUCCAAAAUAUUUUGUGAAAAUCAGUUGAUAUAGUGAUCUUAUACUUUGUUUAUCAUGCCUACUGCUGUAAGAAUUGUCAUCAUGUGAAAUAACUUUAAAUUCAGGAAUUGGUACAUAUUUCCUCACCACCCGUUCCUGGGUUAAAUGUUUCAUGGGGGGGGGGGUGCCCACCAUGAUUCAGAGGCCUAAUGGGCAAAAAUUUGGAGGGCCGGAUGCCCCAGACAUGGCUAAUGUGACCAAAUUUCUCAAAGAUUCCGAGUGAGUGAAGCGAGAGAGCAAAAUGAAAAUGCUAUUUUGUGAUAGAUGUUAACAUUCAGGAAAUAACGUCACAUAAAUAAACAUUAUGUCCAUUUAUAUAGCGUAGUUACUAUGUGCAUAUACUCAACUGAGCUUUGAUACUUGGUAUAUUAUUACCCCGGCUGUGGCUAAGCUGCCGUAUUAAUCGGCGCUAAAGCUUUCAAGGGAUAAAUCCUACCUGGUACCCAUUCACCUUACCUGGGUCGAGUGCGGAACAAUGUGGUUAAAUUUCUUGCCGAAGCAAAUUACGUCAUGGCUGGGAUUUGAACCCA